UGCCCUUCAACCAUGAUGACCGAUAUCGUUAGCACCUGGAAGCUGGAGCAGUUUGUGCUCCAGAAGUGUCUCCCCGCAAUUUGGUCCCCGGGGUCCUUCCAGGGCCCGGAGGCGUACCAGCAGCUCUGCCAGCAGUGGGAGAGCUGGUCGGAGGAGAACAAAAAGCCCAAACCCACAAACAAGUGCAAGAAGCGAGCGGCUUUGCAGGGUUUGUUGAUGGUGGGCAGGGAGUUGUCCAGAUUGCUGAAGGAGGCUCUUGAGAACGUGCAGACCUUGGAGCAGGACAAGGCUGAGCUUAAAGUUCAGGUGGACAACCUGCGGGCAGAGGUGCAGGGUUUGUGUGGGGAUUCUCUGCGGAGCGCUGUAGAGAUCACCCGGCUGGAAAACAAGCUGGGGUAUGAGAAGCUGAAAACGGAGGAGCUGAAGAAGGAGGUUGGCAGGUGGAUCGGGGAGACCCACGACGCGCAGAGCGCGGUGCGGGCGGUCCUGCAGGACGUCCAGCGGGACCGGGGCACUGGCCCUGAUCACAAGGUAUGCCAUGCCAAGAUCCAGGAGCUGGAAGCAGAGCUGGGGGUGUCGAGGGGCAUUAUGGCUGCCAUCAAGGGCAAGAGGAGCCAGGUCGGGAAUGGGGAGGGGGAGGACUCCGUGGACACGCACCCACCCCACUAUGAUUAUGAGGAUGAUGUGUGGGGUGCCAACAGCCCCACCAGGCCAUCCCCUUAUGCUCCUCUGCGGGAGGAGGUGUGCCAGCUGCAAGCAGGGGAGGCAGAGGCUUCCAAAGACAAAAAGACCCCCCACGAUGAGCCGGUCAGUCACGUCCCACUGCAGCCCAUAGACACCAAUAGGGCUGUGCUCUGGUUUACCCCUGAGCAGCUCAAGACAGUGGGGAAGAUGCUGGGGCCACUGUCAAAGGAUACAGCCAUCAACUGGCUGUCCAGGGUCCAGCGUCUACCCAAGUGCCAGAGCGGCAACUUCGUGAGUGACCUGAUAGACGUUGUGAGAAAGUGCAUGAAACCAGAUGAUUUCGCGGCACUGCCGGGGGAUGUGCAGAUGGGCAAUGUCCAGGAUAUCAGGGACGUCCAGCUGGCCGUGCUGAAGGUGUUCUUCCCAGAGGUCAACCCCUUAGUACUCUUCCACCAGGAGAAGCAGAGCCCCGAGGAGCGGCCAGAUGCCUACAUUAAUCGUAAGAAGAUGCUCUACCAGAUGGCUGGGCUGCCUGGAUCGAAGGACUCCCCCCUCGACUUUGACAGGCCUGAAUUCAAGGAGCCACUGGUGGUGGGGCUGACACCCCCGCUGCGGGUGAUCGCUGGUGGGGAUGCAGCCAAAAAGCCGCUGUCGGAGCUGGAGCAGAUCCUGAACCAGAAUUUUGAGCUGCAAAAGCAGGCAUUCCCGGGGUACAUGGUGGGGGGGAAGAAAGGGAAAACCUCGGCCAUGCCUUUCCAAAAUGCAGGGAUGAGAAAAAUGCAAGGAGACAACCGAAAAGAUCUUGAUGGCAAAGGGGGCUUGGGGAAGGAGAACCAGCAAGGGAUGAGGUUUCAGAAGUCCAACCCUUGGCGGGCUGAGCUGAGGAAGCGCUUGAUAAAAUACGAGAAACAGGAGGACAUUGAUGGCUUGCCAGAUGCGGAGCUCUUCCAAAAACUGGCCCUGCAUGAGGCCAAAAAGCACAGCAGCUCCCACCUGAUUGACCCGGGGUCUAAGGCUCAGCAAUAGGGCUGCCAGGCACCUGCGUCGCCCCUUUUUGUG